GAGAAGGGAAAGAAAAGCUAUUAUACGGGAGUAAAAGCAGAGAGCUCCUCGGAUCGCUCUAACCAGUUUGCGAUGUUUGUUCUCCACCACGGCGACGUCCGCACCGCCCUCGCCGCGGCGGUCGCGGCCUUCUCUUCCCACAACUCCACCCCUCCGUUCGGCGGCGGCGGGGGACGGAGGGAAUGGCAGCCGGCGGCCUUUCUCCGCCCCGUGGCUGCCCGCGCUGGCCCGUCACAGCGGCCUCUCUCCGUCUCCAUCGCUGCCCCUCCUUCCGUGAAGGACGGAGAGAAGCCGGAGAUUUGCACCGCUGAUGAGCUCCACUACGCGCCGGUUCCUGGCACCGAGUGGAGGCUCGCUCUCUGGCGAUACCGGCCGCCUCCUGAGGCACCGAAGAGGAAUCAUCCGUUGAUGCUGUUGUCUGGGGUCGGAACGAACGCAAUUGGGUUUGAUCUCUCCCCGGGGGCUUCAUUUGCUCGCCACAUGUCUAGCCAAGGGUUUGAUACAUGGAUUGUUGAAGUGAGAGGUGCUGGUUUGAGCAUGCGUAUAAAUGAGUUGAAGGCAAUCGAUGAGCCUUUCACUAAGCCUAUCAUGUGUUGUACAGAUUAUGUUGAUAAGAUCAAUCCAAAUGAUGCAAUGCUAGUCAAAGAAAGAUUAAUUGGGAGCUCUGGUCCAAUGCCAGAUUCUGAAAUUGCCAAUGUAAAUGACAAAACAACAGAUACAAUUACUUGGAAUGAACCAAAGUUGGUAACUGAGUUAACUGCAACCUUUAUGCGCUUGGCAGAAAGAUUUUCAGGCUAUCUUAAUGAAGGUCAGUUAAGGGAUAUCUCAGCUAAGCUUUUCGAUCAAAUAUCAAAACUUCUGGAAGAUACUCGACUCUCCGAAAGAUAUAAUGAAAUUGCCGAAAACAUCUCAGCUUUGCUAGAAACCAGGCAAAAUUCUACUGUUGCUGGGCAAAUCAAAGAUCUAAGCCAACGUUUAGUAAAUGUGAUCGAGGAAGGUCAACGAUCGGUUUCACCACAACUGUUUGACUUGCAAGAGCGCCUUUCGGCGACCAUAGAAGAUUUCCAGAAACAGCUCGAUCUGAUUAUUACUUAUGACUGGGAUUUUGAUAAUUACUUGGAGGAAGAUGUCCCUGCUGCGAUGGAAUACAUAAGGCUUCAGACUCAGAGUAAGGAUGGAAAAUUGCUAGCAAUUGGACAUUCCAUGGGGGGAAUCUUGUUGUAUGCUAUGCUGUCAAAAUGUGCCCAUGAAAAAAUAAAAUCCAAACUGGCUGGAGUUGUUACUUUAGCAUCAUCGAUUGACUACACAACCUCCAAAUCAUCGCUGAAGUUGUUACUGCCACUUGCUGAUCCUGCACAAGCUCUUAAUGUCCCUGUUGUUCCUUUGGGAGUAUUACUUGCAGCUGCUUAUCCUUUAUCAUCUCGUCCUCCAUACGUUUUGUCAUGGCUUAAUGAUCAAAUUUCAGCACAGGAUAUGAUGCACCCUGAAUUAUUUGCAAAACUUGUCUUAAAUAAUUUUUGCACAGUACCUGCCAAGGUGAUCCUGCAGCUAACUACAGCUUUCCGUGAUGGGGGCUUACGUAACAGAACUGGAACUUUCUUUUACAAGGAUCAUCUGUGCAAAUGUGAUGUUCCGAUCCUUGCACUGGCAGGAGACGUGGACCUUAUAUGUCCUCCUGAAGCUGUGUAUGAAACUGUAAAACUCAUUCCAAAGGAGAUGGUCAUAUACAAAGUCUUUGGAAAACCUGAUGGUCCCCACUAUGCUCACUAUGAUUUAGUUGGUGGCCGAAUGGCUAUUAAGGAAGUCUAUCCCUGUAUACUACAAUUUCUUUCUCGUCAUGAUGACUUGCCGACACCCGAUUCAGAUUGAUGUUAGAUUGUUGUUUUUGAUCGAGUCCGACUAUAAGUGUUGUUUAAUAUUUGAGAAUACAAAACCACACAAGGACUUCCGCAGAAGCCAGCAGUGCGACAUAUGAUAUACUUCACAUCUCAGUGCCGAUUGGUGCAGUUAAACAAGCAAUCAAUUGUGGAUCAUGAAUGCCGGUGACCACGGAUGAACAGAAAUAUCAUGUAAAUGUAUUGGUGUCAGCCAUAUAAACAUACUAACAAAAUUGUAAACCUAACCUAAAUGUUUCUGACUUGCAAUGUUAAAUAAAUGCAAGCUGGUCAUAGACAAACAAAGGUCGACUCUUUCUUCUUCUUCUUCUUUUUUUUUUUUAGCUGUUGAGGUCAUGUCUCAUGAAGAUCCUUCAUUGCUUUGCAUUG